CCUGCCUGGUGUCUAUCUCCACUCCACGAUCGAUUAAUUCAGCCCGGCUUCCAGGGAGCUCGCCUGCCUGCCUGCCUGCCAGUUCUGCACUCCAGAUGCCCCAGAUUUGGAGAGGGGCGCACGGCUUUGGGGGAGCUCCGGGCCGCUGGUGCCGUUGGCAAGCCUUCACCCCCGGGGCUGCCAGGGGUUGCCCAUGAGCACAGAAGCUCCGCAGCCGGGUGCAGCCGUCCCUGACGCUGUCCCCGAUGGGACGACGGUCGCCGGCCCCAGGGUGACCAGAGGCGCGUCCCGGGCCUCGCCUCGCAGCCUCUGAUCCGGAUCCCCGGGGUGCUGGUGGGAUCUGCUGCAGCAGCCUUGCAGCUACCCGACCCGGAGAGCUUAGCCGGAGAGGCGGCGGCCCUUUCUCUUGUAGAAUGCUGUAAACAGCGUGCCCAGUUGUUUGCCAGACAAGAGCCUCAGUUUCUCCUUCCUCCCUGGAGAACUUGGACCCUUCCUCCCAUUCAAUGCCUAACGUUGCUGAGCCAGAACUAGCAAGCGCUUGUGGCCAUGGAGAGCACCAUGCUGAGAGUCCAUCUCCUGGAGACAGUCUCCCCGGUGCCCUGCAGUCUUUCUGUUCGCGUGCCUCCGGAGCACCUUUGGGUGCUAAAGGAGAUGGGCACUAUCCUUGGAGCUGUCCAGUGACCCACACGCGGGAGAAGAUCUACGCCAUCUGCUCGGACUAUGCGUUUCUCAACCAGGCCACCUCAAUCUCCAAGACCCCCAACUCCAGCCACUCUUCCUGCCUCCCCGAAAGUACCUCGCUCUCAGCUGCAAAGAAUGCGACCCGCUACCUGGGCCUGGCCACGGCGCCGGCAGAGAUCAUGCACAACGAAGAGAACAGCCUGGAAACCGUAUCCAGCAGCUUGGGCAAGCUACCUCUGGCGUGGGAGAUUGAUAAAUCGGAAUUUGAUGCUGUGACCACAAAUCUGAAACACAAAUCAGGUAAUGCCAAGAAACAGAUUUCCAAGAAAAAGACCUCAGAUAAGAAGGGGAGACACCCCAGAGACUGGCCCCAGCAUUCUCCUGUGGAAGAUAUUAAGCAGCGGAAAGUUUUUGACCUCAGGCGAUGGUAUUGCAUAAGCCGACCACAGUAUAAGACAUCUUGUGGCAUUUCCUCACUGAUCUCCUGCUGGAAUUUCUUGUAUAGCACAAUGGGAACAGGAAACCUUCCACCUAUUACUCAAGAAGAAGCUUUGCAUAUUUUGGGCUUUCAACCCCCGUUUGAAGAUAUUCGCUUCGGUCCUUUCACAGGAAACACGACACUGAUGAGGUGGUUCAGGCAGAUCAAUGACCACUUCCACGUCAAAGGAUGCUCUUAUGUUCUUUACAAGCCUCAUGGGAAGAACAAAACAGCUGGAGAAACCGCUUCAGGUGCCUUGUCCAAGUUAACGCAUGGGCUGAAAGAGGAAUCCCUGGCUUAUAUAUAUCAUUGCCAAAACCAUUAUUUCUGCCCGAUUGGCUUUGAAGCAACACCCGUUAAGGCAAAUAAAGCUUUCAGCAGGGGACCCCUCUCAUCACAGGAAGUCGAAUAUUGGAUCCUAAUUGGAGAAUCUAGUCGGAAACAUCCUGCUAUUCACUGUAAAAAAUGGGCAGAUAUUGUUACUGAUCUAAACACCCAGAAUCCAGAAUAUCUAGAUAUCCGGCACUUAGAACGGGGGCUACAGUACCGAAAAACGAAGAAGGUUGGUGGAAAUUUGCAUUGCCUCAUAGCGUUCCAGAAACUUCACUGGCAAAGAUUCGGCAUUUGGAAUUUUCCAUUUGGAACCAUAAGACCAGAGUCACAGCCUUCAUCACAUGGCCAGGGAAUCGCCAAAUCAGAGAGUGAGGACAACAUCUCCAAGAAGCAGCAUGGGCGACUGGGCCGAUCUUUCAGCGCAAGUUUUCAUCAGGACUCAGCAUGGAGGAAGAUGUCCAGCAUCCACGAGAGGAGGAAUAGUGCUUACCAGGGUUACAGUGACUAUGACGGGAAUGACUGAGCUGCUGGGUAUUGAACAGAUAGAUGACUUGAGUUGCUGGGUUUAGAGCAGCUGUUGUCUUAUCCACAGAAAUGGUUCUUCUCGGAAUUGUGCUAAGACAAUAGGAGAAUUUACUAAGUUUACUAAAUAGGAACAGAUCGAGCAGUACAACUAUAACCUUGUAGUUCUCCAGUGAAUAAGCUUGUAUAGGAUGAUGGUGAUGUGAUUACAGAUAUACAAGCAGAUAAGCACAGAUUAUCGUCCUUUUAAAGUUUUGAGUUAUGUAGAUUUUCUGGACAGUUUCGCAAAAUCCAGUAAGUGAUAGAUCAGCAAAUCUUAACAGUUUCAUUUACUAGCGUUGCGAUUUGAAAAACUGAAGCAUGAUUUCCCAUGACUUGAUGCCCAUUUGUUGCCUAGAUUUCAUUCGUAAGCUCCACAUGUAAGGCACCAUCUGCCUUCUUCAGCAAAUGGGGCUGUCAUUUUCUCUCAUGGUGAAAGUUCAUUUAAAAUGGUUUUGUGAGUCUACUCAUUGUUUUCCUGGUGGCAGUUUCUUGCCUGCCUCAUGGUAUUCUGGUUAACUCUUUCAGGAUGGUUGGUCAAGAGACAGAAGAGAAAGAGUCCAGAAAUGAAUCUUUUCUAGUGGUGCAAAUGGAUGUUUUAGAAACACUUAGUCAAACUGUUUUUUGAUUUUCUUGACUUCGGAUGCUACGAUUAGGUUGUGGCAAGAACUUGAGGACCUCAAAAGACUUGCCAAGCUUAGAAUGCAUU